AUGCAAUCAUUGAAAUUCGCUCUCUGCGCCUUAUUGGUCUUGUGCCUCACAGUUUCUUUCACAAAGGCUCAAUUCAGUAACAUGUAUAAUGGUGCUUAUGGUUAUCAAGGUGGUGCUGGUAACAAUUACGGUGUAGCAGGUGGUAAUUACAACAGUUAUGGACAAAACACCAAUGCCUAUAGUAAUCAAGUCGCUUCCACAAAUUAUCAACCUUAUGCUGCCUAUGGAUCUGCCUAUAGAGGUCCAACCGCUUACAGUAGUAAUUAUGGUAGUGCUUAUUCAAUGCCUUUCUUUGGAGGAUGGGGUGGAUUCGGAAUGCCAUUCUAUGGAUUUGGAUAUGGUGGAUUAUGGGGACGUGGAUUCUGGUGUUAA